AUGAAAUACUUUCAUGCAGCAGACAAUGAACUGGACAGCAAGGACAGGUUUACAAAGGUACACCCAUUGUUGGACCUUCUAAAUCAAAGCAUUAUACAGUUUGGCUCGGUUUUUGAUCCAACAAAUAUCUUUAUUGACGACUCCAUGAUCUCAUAUUAUGGUGGCCAUCGCAUAAAGCAAUUUAUUCGAGGCAAACCGAUCCGAUGGGGUUACAAAGGAUGGGUAGCAGCUAGUUCAUUAGGUUACUCAUACUGGAUUGAUUUAUAUCAAGGAAAAUGUAAAAAGGCAAAAAGUAGCUUUUGCAAGGACACAUACGGCCUAAGAGGAGAAGUGGUGCUUAACAUGACUGAUAAAUUUGAAUCUCAAUAUUCAGGAAAGAAAUUUUUCUCCUUUGAUAACUUUUUCACAUCGUUCAACCUUCAAGAAGAGAUACAGCAAAGAGGUCAUUCUUCCACUGGCACGAUUUGUAGUAAUAGAUCUGAAAGUGUCCUCUAA